AUGGAGAUGGAUGACGAUCCUGAUCCAAAGCUGCAAACCGGGACACCAGGUCACCCUAUCAGCAUCUCCAGCGGUUCUCCAUACCAAGGAUCGUCGUAUCAAGGGCCCGGCUCGUUUUCCGAAAGGUGGAACCAACUUGAAUGGGCAUUUACCUUUUCAUAUCAUAACUCUCCUUCUCAACCUCCUUUGGAUGAGCCGUAUCUUCAAGCGGUUACUCCACCACCUCUACUUGUUGAGGAACCACCACAACCACCUCCCGAGCCACCUAGGCGAAGGAGGAAUGCACGGAUGUCCGUGCGAGGGGGACCACGGUUCAUUUCCCCUCAAGCUUCAAGCUCAUACCCUCCUUUUCCUGAGGACCCACAAUUGGGUGGACCCUCGCAUGCGGUGCCGGAAGAUAAUCCUCCGCCAGUUUCUUUGGCACCACCGCCACCGCCAGUGGGUUUUGAAUACCCGAUACCGACUUACCCAGGGUCGUCUGGGUAUAACCCAUUUGAAUACCCAACUUCUAUGGGUUAUGGAGCCCAAGAUCCAUAUCUUACGGCAGCACAAUAUAAUGCACUUUAUCCUUCAUCUUAUCCUCUAGUUUACCCAACUGGAUAUCCUGUGCAAGGGUAUCAAUACCCACCUUAUCAACAACCUCCUCCUCCCCAACAAGAGCAAACUCAAGAAAUUCUGCAGAGGUUGGACAGGGUUGAGCGAAAAGCAGAUGAAACCAAUAAGAAGCAUAACAGCUUUCUCAAGGGCCUUGCGAGUCUCAUCAAAGGCAAAAAGAAGUAG